AUGGCUUCCGAAAGGCAAGCAUUGAUCCUUAUUCUCUUGUCCCUCUUCACAUUCUCCUUCAUCAUGUCUUCACAGGCAUCCACCGGUGAAAUUGCCAUCUAUUGGGGCCAAAACUAUGGCGAUGGCAACUUGACUGCCACAUGUGACACUGGAAACUACGGGAUUGUGAUCCUCGCUUUCUUUACUACCUUCGGUUGUGGCAGAACCCCAGCGUGGAACUUCGAUGGCCAUUGUGGUCACUGGAGUCCUUGUACCAAACUAAAACACGAAAUAGAUCACUGCCAGGAAAAAGGUAUCAAAGUGUUCCUUUCAAUCGGAGGUGCAAGUGAAAACUACUCUCUUUGCUCACCCGAGGACGCAAAAGAAGUUGCCGAGUACCUCUAUAAUAAAUUCCUCAGUGAUUAUAUUGGGCGUGAUGGUCCACUAGGACCUGUAACCUUGGACGGCAUUGAUUUUCACAUUGAAGCUGGUUCAAAUCUGUAUUGGGAUAACCUUGCAAGGGAACUUGAUACUAUCAGACAGAAAAAACAUUUUUACUUGUCUGCAGCCCCAAAAUGUCCUAUACCAGAUCACUACCUUGACACAGCUAUCAAAACUGGCCUUUUUGAUUAUAUAUUUGUUCAGUUCUACAAUAGUUUUCCUUGUCAAUAUUCUGACAGCAAUCCUGCAUUCCUUUUUGAGUCAUGGGACGAUUGGACCUCGUUAGUUCUACCCAAUAAUUCGGUAUUCAUGGGACUACCAGCGGCGCCUGAUGCAGCUCCAAAUGGGGGCUAUAUACCACCACAAGAAGUGUUGAUUCCUUAUGUACUCCCCUACAUAAAGAAGGCUUCCAACUAUGGAGGAAUUAUGCUUUGGAACAGAUCUGCUGAUGUUCAAUCUCAUUACAGCGAUAUAAUAAAGCCGUAUGUUCCAAAAGAUGUGUUGCAAUUUGUGACAGGAGUUUCGAAAGGAAUAUAUGAGUGUGUGUCUGCAGCUCUGCCCCGUUUCCUACCAAAACCAUAUUAG